CUGCAAGGCUAUCGUUCCCGACACCCCCACCUGCCCGGCAACCCGUCCACCAAUGCCUGCCAUGGACCCCGCCAGAGUCGUAACGCUGGACACGAUCCUCGACAACGUUGAUACGCGUCCGCAGCUCGGCGAGUGGCUUCAGUCUCCCACAAGAGACAUCCACGCUCGUUUGGUCCACCUAUCUUCUCUCUCCACCACCACCUCUUCUCACAUCGACAUAGACGGCCAGGUGCCGUCGUCCACGUCCCUUGCCUCGAGCCCGCCCUACUCGAGAUCAGUCCGCAGCGGCACCUCGAUGGCGCCCGCAUGCAUCCACCAGUCCAACGCUUCCACACACCCGCCAUCCCUCUACAACUUCUCCGAUGCUACCCCCACCGAAACUUCCAUUAGUACCGGCCUUGCCAGCCAUUUUACUGGCAUGCCGCUGCUAGAAGAAGUCAACGGCGUACUCGAACACCGUCCGAACCUGCCCCGGCACCCAAUCUACGAAUGCGCAUUCUGGUUCCUGAGCUGCUCAUACAUUUCGCAAAACGAAGACGAGUGGAAAACACACUGUCUGAGCCAUUUCCGCGGCGAGGACCCCCCACGAUCGAUCCAGUGUCCGCUGUGUGAUUUCCAUGGCACCUGGGAUGACGGCGAGACGGCGUGGGCUAUAAGAAUGGAUCAUAUUGCCCGGAUGCAUACCAGCUUUGGCGAAACGUUGAGGACGAGCCGUCCAGACUUCCACCUCUUCCAGCAUCUCUGGCGGAAGAGAUUGAUAGACGAACAGGAUUUGAAAGAGCUCAGGGGUGGGAACUACAAUCUGACGAGACCCGUGGGCAAUUUCGUCACGACAGGCUCGACCCGUCGCGAGAGGGAUGCGAGGAGGCAGAGGAUGCAACACAUCGGUCGGCGGUAG